AUUUCGGCAAAUGGGCCCAAAAGAAAUAUUCUGGGCCAGACGAUAACCCAACCUGAUGUUUCCCAGUGAUAGUGCAGACAUGUCGGCGAGAGGCACAGAUAACUAGGAAGCUAUCAUCUUCCGCUUUUCUUCUUCCAUCCUAUUCCUCUGUGUCUGCUUGUUUCAGCUUCCCAGGCUUCUACCUACAGAAUAGAGUCAACAUAUACAUAUGAAGCAAAUCAGCAGCGGCACAUAAAAGAGAAGCCUAGACCCCAAUUGCCAACUGCCCCCUCGUCAGACCCGGGCGCAAAUUCUGAUAAGUCUGCUGUUGCCUUCUUUCUCGACACUCGCCCCCUGCCCCGUUGACACUGGGAACAUAUGGCUGCCUUUGCAACUGCUGAGGCUUGUGAUUCAAACACAGCACUUUUGGCAAGUGGUGACCUGCGUGCGCUAGAACCAAUCUUUAAGAUCUAUGGUCAGCGUCGUGCAUUCUCAGGACCCAUUGUAACACUUAAGGUGUUUGAGGACAAUGUGUUGGUAAGGCAGCUUCUUGAAACCAGAGGUGAAGGAAGAGUUCUGGUUAUAGAUGGUGGGGGAAGCACAAGAUGUGCUUUGGUUGGAGGGAAUUUGGCACAGUCAGCUCAAAACAUGGGGUGGGCUGGUAUCGUUGUAAAUGGCUGCAUUAGAGAUGUGGAUGAGAUCAAUGCAUGUGAUAUUGGCGUGCGAGCACUGGGAUCUAAUCCCCUGAAAUCAAAUAAAAAGGCUGUUGGAGACAAGCAUGUCCCAGUUUGCAUUGCAGGAAACUUAAUUCGUGAUGGGGAAUGGUUGUAUGCUGAUAGUGAUGGCAUUCUUAUCUCAAAAAUGGAACUGUCUAUCUAAAGCGGUAGCCAGCAAGGCAAUAAGGGGGGGACUGAGUUGUUAGUCACUGAUAUCAUCCUGAAUGUAAGUUGUCAGAAGGAUGGGCUAAUAAGUUGGACAUGGGGAUUUUUCUUGUUUAACAUGUUUUAGCAAUGGGUACAAUUGCAGUUGUAUUGUUGAAUGUGCAAUGUUCAUUGAACUUCAAAUUCUUGGUUAAGAUUACAAAUUCCCCUCAUUGGGGACCAAAGUUACGCAUCCUAAAUGGGAAGCAGGAUAAAUAUAAUGUAUUUAUGUACCAAUAAAAUACAAUGUAACUGUGUUAAAUUAUGACUGCAUUGUACUUUCAUUAGUACU